GCAGUAGAGUAGUAUGGUACCCAAAACCCGAAUAAAAUCGAAGAACCGACCUUGAUGAUUACAUAAAUUCACUCUCACAAGUUACAGAGCUUUCUCUCUCAGAAACCCUAACCCCCAAAUCGUAGCUUCCCUCCAAAACCCGCAUUGCAAAACCCUAAUUCGUCGUUCUCGUCGGCAAUGACGAAGGUGUACGGAACAGGCGCGUACGAUUUCAAGCGCCACCAUGUUGCCGAGUACCCGGUGGAGCUGAACCAACAGCUCGGAGACAAGCCGGUGGAGGCUAAACCCGGCGCGGCGCUGCCGAGCUCGAUAACGCUGUCGGAGAUUCAGAGGGACCAGCUCACUAUGAUUGCAGCUGCGAAUUGGUCCAAAGCCGGCGGCGACGCCGGGCAGGUGAAAAAGGCGUUCGACUCGGAGCUGGUGAAGAAGAUUUACGAGACGGAGUUGUGUGUGAAGGAGGGGCAGAGGAAGACGGUGCCAUUGCAGAGAGUGAUGAUUUUGGAGGUCAGCCAGUACUUGGAGAACUAUCUCUUUCCCAAUUUCGUUCCUGAAACGGCGACGUUCGAGCACGUUAUGUCCAUGAUUCUCAUGGUCAAUGAGAAGUUUCGAGAGAAUGUGGCAGCUUGGGUAUGCUUUCAUGACCGGAAAGAUGCGUUCAAAGGAUUCCUUGGAAGGGUUCUUCGGCUUAAAUCGAGGUGCUGAUGAGGCCCAAACAACUAUAUAUGAGGAGUUGGGUGAAAAGAGGCGUUCUACCUUGCUUGUGCCAGCCCCAUUUUGGUGAUUGAUCACCAAGAGCUGGGUGAAAAGGUGUCCAGGAUGUCAUCCAUGUCAAAAGCCAAGUGUUUGAGCUCCAAUUGCAGACAGAGUUGCACUCCAUUUCUUGGAAACGACCGAAAUUGAGCAAAUUGUGGGGGGUCAACCUAUCGAGCAGCAACUGAAGAAAAGCCUCAAAGAAAAACACCUCCACCAUCAUUUCUGCUGUCGAAGACUUCGGAUUCAAUAAGGCUUCCAAAUGAAAUUAUGUCCAUAGCUAUUGUUGCUAAAAUUAGCAAGAAAAAAGUUCAGACUUUGAACUUCAAAGUCAGACUAGUUCAGUGUGGUGGAGUAGACCCGUAGUUGUCACAAUGGACCCAGAUCUUUCUCUCUCUUUUUAAUCACGUAGGGACCCAACGACUUACGCCACAGUUCAUUCUUCUUUACGGACUUUACCUCAGUGAAUACUAGUCUGAUGCAAAAAGGGGACAUGGAGGCGUGAGUGACCCAAAUCACCAAAUGUGCGAAAGGUUUUGAGAACUCCAUACCCACACGGCAUCAAAUCCUUGGAGACAAAAUUGUGCUUUUGUUCUGUAAAAUGGGGUAAUGGAAGGGAAAGCAACCAAGUCCCAAAACUUAGAAGAUCGAAAACCCAACCGUUGUUAUCUGGGGUUGUCAGGCUAGUCUUAACUGUUUGAAUUUGGAAGCAACUGAAUAAUUGCGGCACGUGCCGCACACUUACUUAACACCCGCAAGGAAGGAAUGAAGGAGUACGACGAAGUUGUUUAGGUAAUAUUUAAAUGGACUGCAGGACACCAUAACCG